GGCUGGCUCCCAAUGCUUUCCCCGAAAUCCCAGCGUGCAUGGCUCCGCAUCUCACAUUAACACAAGCAGCCCUCCCACUCUUCGCCCUUCCCCCAACCUUCGGUUCACACGUUUCUGCGAUCGGAGAGCAGCAAGGCCAAACGUUCCCCUUUUCCAUUGCCCGGAAGGACCGCUUUUUACGGCCCUGCGUAUCUGUCCCAUUGAACGUCUUUCUUUUUCCUAAUUUUCGUCACUCUUUCGGCUUCAAUCUUGAUUGCCGGCUCGAGUGAAGGUGCGGCAAGUCAGCCAACGAGCGAGUAAGUAACCCGGCUUACCAAGCGCCACGGCGCGAACCCCCUCGCACCCCAAGGCAUUCGAACCACCACGAUUCCUAGAAAUUCUGCCGGUGGUGCAUGCAUUUUGGGCCCGUCGGCUUGCGAUACAUCACGUUCUCUUCCAAGCUCUGCCUCGCUGGGCCU